GAAAACACACCAAAAAUGGCCUACACAAAAACAAUCCACAUCCUGAUUCUCACCCUCUUCUGCUACUACUCAUCGCCAUCACUUUCAGCCAACCCCACGUACAAUGUGCAGUCCUUUGGAGCAAAACCCGACGGGAAAUCAGACUGCACGAAGGCCUUUCUAAGUGCAUGGGGCGCAGCCUGUGCCGCCACGACACCGGCCACGAUAUACGUGCCACGGGGGAGGUUUUUGUUAGGAUCAAAUGUGUAUUUGUCAGGCAAGUUAUGCAAAAAUACUGCGAUAACCAUACGUAUCGACGGGACCCUAGUCGCGCCGUCCGAUUAUAAUGCCCUUGGGAGAACUGAGCACUGGGUGCAGUUCGAGAGGGUCACAGGAGUUUCUAUCUACGGCGGAACCCUGGACGGUCAAGGGGCGGCGUUGUGGGCUUGCAAGAACUCCGGCAAGAAUUGUCCUAAAGGAACUACGUCACUGGCCUUCUACAAUUCCAACAACAUAUUGGUCAGUGGAUUAACCUCUUUAAACAGUCAAAUGUUCCACGUUCUGGUUGACGGAUGCCACAAUGCCAAGCUCAUAAACCUGCAAAUCUCGGCUCCCGGAAACAGCCCCAACACUGAUGGCAUCCAUGUCCAGCAAUCAACAGGAGUCACUAUCAUGAACUCUCACGUCGGCACAGGCGACGACUGCGUUUCAAUCGGCCCUGGCUCCUCCAACUUGUGGAUCGAAAACCUCGCUUGUGGCCCUGGUCAUGGUAUAAGUAUUGGGAGUCUAGGGUGGGAUAUGCAAGAAGCAGGAGUGCAGAACGUGACAGUGAAAACGGCUACAUUCAGCGGCACUGAAAAUGGUGUUAGGGUUAAGACAUGGGCGAGGCCUAGCAAUGGAUUUGUCCGAGACGUUCUCUUCCAGCAUGUUGUAAUGCUUAAUGUUCAAAACCCCAUCAUCAUCGACCAAAACUACUGCCCCGACCACCACAAUUGUCCCAACCAGUCAUCGGGGGUGAAAAUUAGCGAUGUGACGUAUCAAGACAUACACGGAACGUCAGCCACAGCAAUUGCAGUGAAAUUUGACUGCAGUAAAACACACCCAUGCACUGGAAUUACAUUGGAUGGAGUUAAACUUACCUACGGAAACAAACAGGCUACAGCUUCUUGUGCCAACGCUGGAGGAUCGGCGGCUGGGGUUGUGCAGCCCACCAGCUGCCUAUAGAGACCAAAAAUAAUUAAUAUAUAUA